AUGAAUUUAUUGAUCAUUAUUUUGAGCUUGAUUUUAUUUUAUGGAAAUUAUAUUUAUGGAUUAGAAACUGAAGAAUUAGAUGGUAUUGAUGUAUUAACAAAAUUAAAAAAUAUACAACCAGAUUGUGAUCUUCAUGAUUUUCUUCGAGUUGAUGAUGAAUAUAAAACAUUAACAGAUGAUUUAAGAAAACAUUGUUCAUCAUCAAAUUCAGUAAAACAACAUCGAAUAUUAUGUCAUAUGCUUUCAUAUGAACUUGAAAAAGCAUGUAGACUUACACCUAAUUUACGUCCUUCAAAAGUUAUCUAUGCAACUUCAAGAACACCUUCACAAAUAUGUAAUUUAAACAAUAUACUAUUAACAGAUGAAUGGAUAUGGCACAAAAUAACAGAUGGUGGACAGAAAAAAAUUGGUGUUAAUGCAAAAAAAUUAUGUACUAAAGUUACAAGUGAUACUGAUACACUUCGAUUAGCAAGAUUUUUUUAUAAAACUGCACCACGUGUUAGACAAGUUGAUUCUUCUAAACAAAGUAAAGAUAAACUUCAAUCAAAUGCAAAUAAUAAGGUUUUAACAGAACCAUCUUCGGGAGCCGUCAAGAAUGAUAAAGAUGUUCCUGUUGAUACAGCACAAACGGAGAAAGAAAAAGCUCAACAAUCCUCUGACAUUAAUACAAAAAAAACUGACGAGACUGUCGAUGGGUUGAAAGAAAAGGCUGUUCAGACUGUCGAAGGCAUAAAAGAAAAAGCUGCUAAAGUUGGUGAAGGCAUAAAAGAAAAAGUUGGGCAAGUUGGGGAAGGUAUAAAAGAAAAAGUUGGACAAGUUGGCGAAGGUUUAAAAGAAAAAGUUGGAAAAGUUGGCGAAGGUUUAAAAGAAAAAGUUGGACAAGUUGGCGAAGAUUUAAAAGAAAACGUUGGAAAAGUUGGCGAAGGUUUAAAAGAAAACGUUGGAAAAGUUGGCGAAGGUAUAAAAGAAAAAACUGCUCAAACUGCAGAAGAACUAAAAGAUAAGGUUGGUCAAUCUGUCGAAACCAUAAAAGUAAAAACUGGCCAAGCUACAGAAGAAACAAAAGACAAGGCUGGUGAACGUACAAAAGAAAAGACAACUGAGACUGGCGAUGACACAAAAGACAAGGCUGCUGAAGGCACAAAAGAAAAGACUGGUGAAACUGGUGACGGCACAAACGACAAGACUGGUGAAGGCACAAACGACAAGACUGGUGAAGGCACAAAAGACAAGGCUGGUGAAGGCACAAAAGACAAAGCUAGUGAAGGUACAAAAGAAAAGACUGGUCAAACCGGUGAAGGCGCAAAAGAUAAGGCUAAUGAAGGUACAAAAGAAAAGACUGCUGAAACUGGUGAAGGUACCAAAGACAAGACUGGUGAAGGCGCAAAAGAAAAAACUAGUGAAGGCACAAAAGAUAAGGCUGAUGAAGGUACAAAAGAGAAAACUGAUGAAGGCACAAAAGACAAGGCUAGUGAAGGUACAAAAGACAAGGCUAAUGAAGGUACAAAAGAAAAGACCGCUCAAAAUGGUGAGGGCACAAAAGACAAGGCUGAUCAAACUGUAGAAGGAGAAAAGGCCAAAGUAAAUACUGGUCCAAACGCUCUUUCAGACACAACUAAUAAAACUGGUGAUCAAACUCAAGGUGGUCUUGAAAAACCUAAACAAUCAGGAGAGGAAUCGUUAGUUCGUAAAACUACUGAAGGAACAAAAUUGCUGAAAGAUGCAACCAAUGAACUAUCGCCAAAAACAGAUGAUAAGUCGCAGAAGAUCUUAGAUUUAAAUAAAGAUAAAACACCAGAAUCAGAAAAGAAAAAAGAUCAAGAAAAUACAGAUAAUGUUGAUAAUGAUGACGAUGUUAAUAACGGCAAGGAAACAAAAACUAAUGGACAAUUUGGACAAAUUCUAAAACCAGAUUUAUCAAUUAAAACAGAUGAAGAAAAAGAUGGUAACAAAACAACUGAAUCUACUGUUGAUAAGGCAAAAGAUGUCGGAGAAACAACCGAAAAUAAAACAUCCAAUCUUGCUAAUGAAGAUGCUGAUAAAUUAAAUUCAAAUAAAAAUAACGAAUCUGGUAAUAGAAUUCUAUCUUUAACUAAUUUAAUGAAACAAUAUAACAUAUCACUUGUUCAAUUGAUUGAAUUAAUUAAAAAUAAUCAAUUAAAACUUGUUGAAAAUAGAAAAAAUUCAUCUUUAAUCAAUUCUACUACUUCUUCUGAUCCAUUGAUUGAACAUAAAACAGCGAAUACUCUUGAUUUGCUCACAAGCACUCUUUCUACGCUGAGUAAUGCACCUUCUUCUUCAAUUAAAAUCUAUUCUCUUGAAAUCAAUAGAUAUAAUGGAGAGAAAAAUAAAGACAAAAAUAAAAAUGAUGGUGAUGAAGCUAAACCCGAUGAUCGUAAUGAAGGUUCAGAUGAAGAUCAAGUUAAAAAUGAAGAAGCUGAAAAACAAUUACAAAAGCAACAAAAAGAAUCUGAUAAGAAUGAUUAUCAAUCAGCUGUUGAUAAUAAAGGAAAAGCAGAAGAUAAUGAACACAAAUCACAAGAUGAUUAUGGCACCGAUAAUGGUCCUGAUCAACAGAUCGAAACAGGAGAUCCACCUAACAACGAUGAAGAUGCAGAAUAUCAAGGUACUGAUGUAGGUCCAAAUGGAAUGAUAUUAAAAAAACCAACUGAUGAAGAUAGAAACGUUGUUGAAAAAGUUCCAGAAAAGGAUAGCAAAAUUCCAAGUUCCGGACUAUCAAGAACAGGAUCAAAAAUAGCACCAUCUCGAAAAUAUACUGAUGAUGAUGGAUGGUCAGGCAGUUUUGUAACUUAUUUUCUUGUUUUUACUUUAUUCGUUGUUGUUGGUUAUUUGGUAUUACAUAAUAAGAACAAGGUAUUGGGUUUAUUAAUCGAAGGAUGUCGACGAAAUCGUUCAUCAAUUGGACGUCGUCAUGGUGGAAGUUCGAGUUCAGCACGUUAUCAACGUCGUCGUUCUGGUGCCUCACGUACUGGUAGUCGUCCAUCUCAUCGUGGUUAUGAAAAAUUAAUAAAUAUAAAUGACAUUAUUCCUAUUGAUAAUACAAAUCCUCUAACGGAUAAAGAAGCUAUUAUUCUUAAAACUUGA